CUUUCCUCUUGUUUUCGCACAAUUUUCUCUUCACUUUUCACCAAUUCACUUUAACCCAAAUUCACGCUUUCAUUUGUCAUUAUUAAAUUCAUUCACUUUCACUUCGCGUCUCGCUUCCAUAUUCCUACAUUCACUCGCACACCCAUUUCCUUCUUAUCAUUAUUACCACCUUCGCCAUGUCCGCUGUUGUCUUGGGAAAGAGGGUUUGUCAAAACGACUGUGCUCAGCCAGCUUCUACAAAGCGGCCGAAGCAACACAUGAACCCUUCCCAGCCAACAAACACAAAAAGAAAGGCGGACGCGGCUUCCGAGCAGGCAUCCUCUGGCAAGAGAGCGAAGAGAAGCGCGGAUAAUGCUGUCAACACUGCACCACCGCAAAACAACGUCAACCAUACUUUUACGGAGAAUACUGCUUCGCGCGAAAUUAAGACCCAGCCUGCGCCCACUACGCCGUCUGAUAGUAAGUGGCUCGUUGUGCUUUUUAUUUUGCAGAUGAUUAUAAGGACCGACAAACAUGCCUGCAGCCAGCGUAAAGUGCUUUGGCGCGUUCACAACAUACUAACAUCAUAUUAUUAUUUUUAUCUUAUUAGUGGGCAGCACAGCAAACGAGGACAGUCUGGCUAGCAACGAGCAGGCCGGUGCAGCAUCCGUCUCUCGCUCUGGCAACACUUGCAUCGAUGCCAAGGUCAGCAUGUUGGAAAGACGAAAUAUAUUUGAGCGCAUGGAGCCGGCAAUGCGCGAGUUGAAGAGGCAUCUUAGCGGACCACAUCCUGGUGUCGUUGAACUGGCAGUUCCGUUGACUGUGGGCUACAAACAGAGGGCGGCCACAGUUGCCGAGGCUAUCCACCGGGCUAUGGAGUAGCAUGGUUCUGGCUCGAACCACACGCCGGCUGGCGACCUGGCCAUUUUGGAAGAGCUCAUCAACACUGACUCACUUCGGUCUGCUAGGCUGACUCGCUCGACACACGCCGCUAUCGCUUAUUUGGCGAGCAAGCUCAGGGAGAACCACAACGUGUUUUCCAAGUGGAUGCGCACACACACAUCUGGCGGCGACGAAAGCGACAGCAGCAGCAGCAGCG